AUGAUCGAACCAUUCCAGACGACCUUUGCGGUCCCUAUGACCUGCGAGGGCUGCGUCAAGUCUAUUUCCAGCUCCUUAUAUAACUUGGAAGGCAUUAAUAAGGUAGACGCAAACCUCAAGGAUCAACUAGUCUUUAUCGAAGGCACUGCUCCUCCUAGUUCCAUCGUCUCCGCGAUUGAAAGUACCGGCCGAGAUGCUAUCCUCCGCGGCAGCGGCACAACAAACAGCUCCGCUGUCUGCAUCCUUGAAACCCACUCCUCAAGCGUCUCGGACAAGAUCCGUGGCCUGGCCCGUAUGGUCCAGGUUUCCUCCAAUAUGACCCUUGUCGACUUGACAAUUAACGGCCUCUCGCCAGGCAAAUAUAUCGCUACUAUCCGCGAAGCAGGAGAUAUCUCACGAGGUGCCGAGUCAACCGGUGGUCUCUGGGAGGCUGUCAAGGCGAAGGUUCUUGGCUCUGAGGCCGCUGCUCAACCGCCCAAGGAGGCCCGCGGUAUCUUCGGAAAUGUAGAUGUCGAUGAGAAGGGUCGCGGCAGUGUAUUUUUGGACCGACCUGUUGCUAUUUGGGAAUUGAUUGGUAGAAGUAUGGUUGUGUCCAAGAGCGCUGAGGGCCCGUUCUCGCGAGAGGAUGAGAAUACCCUUGUUGGUGUUAUUGCACGCAGUGCUGGUGUCUGGGAUAAUGAUAAGAUGGUUUGCUCUUGCUCGGGUAAGAAUGUUUGGCAGGAGAGACAAGAGCAGGUUGUUAAGGGUAUGGCUUGA